CGCACCCUGUUUGCACCGGAAGUGUUCUGUUUUUGUGUGUUAUUGUUGUGAAUGGAGUGAGCAUGGACUCCUGUGUGGUAAAUAAUUAUACAGUAAUAGGUUGAUUUAGCCAUAUCCAUGAUGAACUUUGACGGUCUCGACCCUGGGAUGGGUGAGUAUCCAGCCGGCCUUCACGGGACCCUGGACGCGGGGAUGGAACCCUCCAUGGACCCGCACCUCAACCCCAACUUACUGCAAGGUGUGGAGCUUGAUCCAGAGGGGCUGGCCGUGACAGUCCCCGAGCCUGUGCACCUGGUGGAGGGCAUGUUUUCAGAGCUGCACAGUGCUGUUUCAGAAGUUGGCAUCCCGGUCACUGCAACACAUUUUGAUCUUCAGGAGGAAAUGCUCUGGAUGGGAAACCACAGAGGUCACGUAACCUCAUUCUUCGGACCUACGAUGGUCCGCCAUUCUUCUUUCCAAGUGAACGCAGCGGAUGACAUUCGACACAUUCAGAGUUUGGAAACCGGCGUCCUCUUCCUCUCCAAAUCUAACCUCAGAUGUCACACUCGUGGGGGCCUUAUUAUGUUUGAUUACCCGAUGGAAGAAGGUGCUGACAUGCACAGUCUUCUCAUGACAGAUAACAACACCUUGCUCAUGGGUGGAUUACAAAACUAUGUGGUUGAAGUUGAUUUAAAUACUGUUCAAGAAACUCAGAAGUUCAAUGUUGAGGUACCAGGAGUGGCAAUUAUGCGACAAACCAGCCGUUUCUUCUUCUGUGGGCACACUUCUGGCAAAGUAACCCUGCGGGAUCUGCGCAGCUUCAAGAUGGAGCAUGAGUUCGAUGCGUUCUCCGGCAGCCUCUCAGACUUCGAUGUUCAUGGAAACCUUUUGGCUGCAUGCGGGUUCUCCAGUCGAGGUCUGAAUGGGUUGGCAUGCGACCGUUUCCUCAUGGUGUAUGACCUCCGUAUGAUGCGUGCAGUGACACCCCUACAGGUGCAUGUGGACCCUCUCUUCUUGCGCUUCAUUCCCACCUACACAUCAAGGCUGGCGAUCAUCUCACAGACAGGUCAGUGCCAGUUCUGUGAGCCAACUGGACUCGCCAACGUGGCUGACAUUUUUCACGUCAACACUGUGGGUCAGCUGCUCAUGAGUUUUGAUGUAUCCUCCAGCAAACAAGCGCUGGCCUUCGGGGACUCUGGGGGAUGUGUGCACCUUUGGUCAGAUGCUCCGGAGGUUUCUUUUAAUGAUUACUCUCGGGAGACUGAUUUCCCCCUGCCUUGUCUCGUGGACACUCUUCCUCAGUUAGACUGGAACCACGACCUGCUGCCCCUCUCACUCAUCCCCAUGCCGCUGACCAGCACUGAGCAGCUGCUGUCUGAUUGGCCCUCCUCACUGGCUACACCCAGCCCCAGACGAGCUCCUCCUGUAGACCCAGAAAUCCUGCGCACAAUGAAAACUGUCGGAUUUAUUGGAUAUGCAGCAAACCCUCGUACCCGCCCACGGAACCAGGUCCCUUACAAAAUAAAAGAUGUGGAGCUUGAUUAUGAUAACUACAACCAGGUCCCUGAAUCACCGAUUGGGCGAGAUGAAGAGCCACACCUUUACAUGGUGCCCAAAAAGUACAGAAAGGUCACAAUUAAAUACUCGAAACUUGGGCUGGAGGACUUUGACUUCAAACACUACAACAGAACUUUGUUUGCUGGUCUGGAGCCUCACAUCCCCAAUGCCUACUGCAACUGUAUGAUUCAGGUUUUAUAUUUCCUGGAGCCAAUCCGCUGUCUAGUCCAGAAUCAUUUGUGCCAGAAGGAGUUUUGUUUGGCCUGUGAGCUCGGCUUCCUCUUCCACAUGUUGGAUUUGUCUCGUGGAGAUCCAUGCCAGGCCAGUAACUUCCUCCGAGCAUUUCGCACCAUCCCUGAGGCCUCAGCGUUGGGUCUGAUCCUUGCAGACUCAGAUGAGCAAACAGGGAAGGCCAGACUCGGUCGUCUAAUCCAAAGCUGGAACCGCUUCAUACUUACACAGCUCCACCAGGAGACGCAGGAGCAGGAGGGCCCACAGGCCUACAGGGGAGCCAGCAGCAGCUCUCUGGGCUCCUCUGGUGAGUCAGAAAUUGGAAAACUGUUUGGCUGUGAAGUGGAGAACAGCAGUCUGUGUCGCUGCGGCAAAGAGACAGUCCGUACCUCCCUCACGUUACUCUUCACCAUGCACUAUCCUGAACAGAGCUCCCAAGAUAAAACAAUAAAGGAAUACGACUUUGCUGAGAUCUUGAAGAAGAGCAUCUGUCUGGAGCAGAGCACUCAGGCCUGGUGUGAAAACUGUGAGAAGUAUCAGCCCACAGUCCAGACACGCAACAUUCGCUGCCUGCCUGAUGUUCUGGUCAUCAACUGUGAGGUGAACAGCGCUAAAGAGGCUGAAUUCUGGAAAGUUCAGGCAGAGUAUGCCUUUAACAAGGCCAUGCAAAAGGAGGCGAUGGAACCACCAAAACCUAAAGAACCUCCGCCCAUGCCCACAGAGUGGUGCAUAGAUGGGGAGGACUGCAACAUGGAGGGCUUCACCUUUGACACCCGAGCGGAGGAUCUGCGACACGUCUGGAUCCCUCUCACUCUAAAGAUGUCCAUCAGUAAAAGUCAAGGCCUGGAGAUCAGCAGCUGGCCUGAAGGAGAGGAGUUGAGUGCUGCUGAGGAGGCGGAGGGCGCUUCUCUUUAUGAUUUGGUCGUCACGGUGUCUCACAUCCUGGAUGCUCGCACAGGAGGAAACUUAAUAGCACACAUCAAAGUGGGAGAGACGUACCAUCAGAGAAAAGAGGGAGUUACUCAUCAGCAGUGGUACCUCUUCAAUGAUUUCUUAAUUGAGCCAAUCGACAAGCCAGAAGCUGCUCAGUUUGACCUGAGCUGGAAAGUGCCGGCCAUCCUGUACUAUGCCAAGAGAAACUAUCACACCAAAUACGACCUCCGUAUUAAAAACCCCAUAGAUGCUAGCGUGCUGCUGACUGAGGCCUCACUGGCUCGGAAGCAGAGGAAGAGUCACGCCACCUUCAUCCCCCUCAUGGUGAGCGAAAUGCCACAGGCGGGUGACCUGGUGGGGCUGGACGCUGAAUUUGUCACACUCAACCAGGAGGAGGCAGAGCUGCGCAGUGAUGGCACAAAGUCCACUAUCAAGCCCAGUCAGAUGUCUGUGGCCAGGAUCACCUGUGUGAGGGGUCAGGGCCCCAACGAGGGAGUGCCAUUCAUCGACGACUACAUCUCUACUCAGGAGCAGGUGGUCGACUAUCUGACACAAUACUCUGGCAUCAAACCAGGAGACUUGGAUGCAAAGAUUUCUUCGAAGCAUCUGACCACGCUGAAGUCGACCUAUUUGAAGCUGCGCUUUCUUAUCGACACAGGAGUUCGCUUUGUCGGCCACGGCUUACAGAAAGACUUCAGGGUUAUUAAUUUACUGGUUCUGAAAGAUCAAGUCAUUGACACCGUCUACCUUUUCCACUUGCCACGCAAGAGGAUGAUUUCUCUGAGAUUUCUUGCCUGGUACUUUCUAGAUUUAAACAUCCAGGGGGAAACCCACGACAGCAUAGAGGACGCACGCACGGCGCUGCAGCUGUACAGGAAAUACCUGGAGCUGAGUCGAGGAGGAGGGAGUGAUGAAGUGAGGAAGGUCCUGAAAGGACUCUACGAAAAAGGUCGCCAGCUGGACUGGAAAGUCCCGGAUUCAGACACAGGAGAUGGUCAAGGUAGCCCAAAAAGUGCUGCUGUGUUUCCCUCUGUGAUGGGGCUCUGAGCUGCACUGUGAUACAACUCCCACCCAGACGUAUGACUCAUCUCUGUCGGCUCAGCUAACAUUAUGUUUUUCACUAUUUCCAUUAUUUUUUAUGUGUACAGUGUUUUGAAUGUCUGUUGCGUGUACAGUCUGCUUCUGCAGCGUGACCAAACUGUUUUAAUCAUGAUUAAAUUUGUAAUGA